GGCAUGGUUUCUCCCUCAAAGACUUUAUAAUCCAGUGAGAUGUGAAAGUGGGUUUUUAGGUACAUGUACCUGAUGAUAAUCCAGUCUCUUCAGCAACAGCAUGGCCUGUAAGAGGGAUGUCCCUUGCAGUGGAAAAUGGUCACUAGAUGGCAGUGUCACCCCACAGUCACCAGCCAGGAUGUCUUUGAAUUACUUGCAUCUGUAGUUAGCAUUGGCCAGGAGAUACAACAGCAGAUUCUUUUCCAAGAUUGACAAAGACAGCAGAUUCCCUUUAACCUUUGCAAAAUUAAUUCUACUGUUCCUUCACAAGACCUAUCUAAUAAAAUCACUGUCAUAAUACAGAUGCAAGAAAAUAUCACAUCUAAUUCUCUUGAAAAUUAUACUAAUUUUGAAAGUAUUUACAUAGCUUUGAAUUUUAGGUAUAUCUUUAAAUUCAGGUAUUCUUUUUUUUUUUUUUUUUUUCUGCUGUACGUGGGCCUCUCACUGUUGUGGCCUCUCCUGUUGCGGAGCACAGGCUCAGCGGCCAUGGCUCACAGGCCCAGCCUCUCCGCGGCAUGUGGGAUCCUCCUGGACCGGGACAUGAACCCGUGUCCCCUGCAUCGGCAGGCGGACUCUCAACCACUGUGCCACCAGGGAAGCCCUAUUCAUUUUUUAUAAUCUAUCUACUUUAAAGCAUUUUGAUAACAUAAUGUUGAAGACAGCAUAAUAGAACCACAGAAUAUUUAUUUUGGAAUACAUUUUCUUAUAUUAAAAGUUUCAAAACCAAUUUGGGAAACUAUAUGACUUCACCCUACUCAGCUUUAUUCAGUUGACUCAGUCUACCUUUUGGGUACCUAUUACAUAAAAAGCUUAACAAUAAGAAAAAUUUUUAAGUCUACUACUAAUAUAGUAAAACUGUAUUAUGACGCAAAACACUUGUUGAAUCUGGGAGUUUCAAAUUUAAAUCCUGGUUUUACCACUUCCCAGGUACCUUCUGUAGCCUCUGUAACCUCGCUUUUUUGAUUUGUAAAUGAAGACAUUUAAUGGUCCCUGUCUCGAGGUUGUUCUGAAGAGUAAAUGAAAUAACACCUUACAGGAGCUUAGCACAGUGCUUGAUGCUGGUCCCUCAGUAUCCCCUGGGGAUUGGUUCCAGGACCACCUGUGGGUAUCAAAAUCGUCUCAUGCUCAAGUCCCUUAAAUAAAAGCGCAGACGGUGGGUCCUCCAUCUCAGCGGGUUCUGAAUCUAAGGAUACAGAGGGCUGACUGUAUGUUUAGUGUAUGGUUCAAAUGACUUAAGGUUACCAAAAGGGAGAUUCCAGAGGAAUCUUUCCAUUUUUCAAGGUAUUUCAACUAUGAUUUUAUCAAGACGUACAGAUACUUUGCUUGCAGCUUUCCAUUGUCUACUUGGUGUUCCCUUGAAAUAAGCUUUUCCUGCAAGGUAUGCAGUUUGUAUUAGUGCCAGGUUUGCAGUGUUGGUAACCAUCAGUCUGUUCUUUGGUGUACAGAUGGCUUCUGAGCUUUCUCCAGAAUCAUAAAGAUCUUUAAAGGGUACUAACUGGAAGGUUAGUGCAGUUCAAGAUAAUCCUUCUUUUAGUUAAGUGCACUGUAAAUUUUCUGACAAAACACAUAGCUGCCUAAUUAAAAAACUUAGGUAAACCUGCUGCCUCAUAGUUUUAUCAGCCAUUUCCACAGGAUAGGGGGUUGAGUUCAGAGCACUUCCCUGAGGUGUAGGUUUGUUUCGUGUCACAUUCAGUGCUCUGGGUAAGCCAAGGCUCACCAUCUUCAUUGUUCUUCAUCCUUCCUCAGAACAACUUCCUAGAGAGCAUCAGGCCAUAUCUUAGUUUGCCCUUGAUCUGCUUUAUGAAGUACUCUGCAACUGUAAUGGCUGGGGAUGAGGUAAAGUUCAGAAUAAUCAUGAGCUGCACAGUUGCAUAAUAACUGGGAGUGUGGGAAUAACUCCAAAGCCCACAACACUCAAAAGGACUAAUAUUGAUAUAUUUUAAAGGUCUUAGGUUUUUCUUUUACCUUAGUAUUAUAAAUAAUGAUGACAUUAAAAUUAACUUUAUGUAACAUUUAGAAUCAAAUUAUUGUAGGUUUAAUCCCAUAAAUAGGAGCAUGCUCAUAGAUGUGUUAUUUAGGACAUUUGUCACAGUAUUAUGUGCUUCCGUUUAGAAAAAAAAUAACCACUUGAAAUAAAUGAAUCAAAAGAAAACCCUGCUUACUAUAACUCUGCUGUUGGUAGAAGAGGUUUGGCCUGCAUUAGGAACCAAGAAACAUGUCCACAUCAGUUUUCCAAGUGGUUCGGUGUUGUGUAAAGUGGUACCUGGGGAAGGAGUACACAGGUUUUUAAAUUUUUGUUGACUGAAGGUCUUUUGGAGAGACAGGAACAAACACACAACACUUACAUGACAAUACAAAGACUAUACUAAAGAGCCUGAUACCACUGAUGUAGUGCUGAGGAAAUUCCAAGGAUAGUAGAUAAGUGAAAGGCCAGAGUGCUUUGGUGAGUUGUUUUGGGCAAGGGGGAGGGAUUUGGUUGAACAGGUAGCCUGAAAGAGCUUGCUAAGAGGAAAUCAUGCAGAAAAUUGACAAGUCAGAAAUCAAUGUAAUAUGCUUAUUAUACUGUACAUGGGGGAAAGUGUUGUGUGGCAAAGGUCCAAAUUAAAGAUGACUUUGAAAAAAUAUUGAAGUAUAGUUGAUUUACAGUGUUGUGUUAAUUUCUGCUGUACAACAAAGUGACUCAGUUAUAUAUUUUUUUCAUAUUUUUUUCCAUUCUUAUUUAUCACAGGAUAUUGAAUAUAGUACCCAGUGCUAUACAGUAGGACCAUUGUUUAUCCAUCCUAUAUAUGAAAAAUUUUAAGUUUAACUUGAUGUAUUAGGAAAAAGAGUGAUCGUAGAUUUUAAGCAGUGCAAUUAUUUGAUUUUAAAGGGAGGAGGGAGUAGAACUAAGGGAACUUUGUCAAUGUUAGACAAUGAAUUGGAGGAAAACUAGAAUCUAAAGUGUUAUCAUGUUGUCUUGUCAGCCUAAGUAUUCCAAUUAAGACAACCUGGAAUAGAAUCCUAUUCUAUCAUACUAGAGUUAUAGUCUUUAUUGCCUUGUUCUUAUUUUAGAGAUGGGAAAACGUCUUUAGAUGUAAAAUUACUUUUCCAAAGUCACAUCGACAGAAUAAGGUUGGGAGUGAGAGAAAAGAUGGAAUUCAUGCUACCGGCAAGGUGAAUGGUAGGAAAACCACUGUAAUCGAGUGGUUUAGACCUUUGUUUCCAGCUCUGGGGUCUAAAUUCUACAAGUCACUAAGAUCCACAGACUGUGACUUGUCUUCCUGGUGCCGUGGAGAUAGGAGAAAAAGUCCUCACAACCAGGUCCAGGCUUUGAGUACUAUCUUUCACAAAGUUCCUCCAUUUUUAGAAAGUGGGUGGGUUUUUUCACUUGUUUUUCCAUAACAGGCCUUUUCAUCUUCUCACGGGCCCAAGAAACCCAUCUCAGUAGAUUGAAGCCCUGAGUGGAAUAUUUCUGGUUUAGAGGAGGUGGAAAAACGUUUAUAGCCAAAAACGUUUUCCCUAGGAAGCAGGGUGGUGCUGGGGGAGUAGUUCUUUUUCCUUGAGCUCAAGGCUAAUGAGGUACCUUGAGAGAAUCAUAAGAAUAUAUUUUUGUCUCACUUGGUCUUUCUCCAGUUUUCAAUUUGUGGAAAAAUCAGCCCCCUUUCUAUACAGUUUCCUAUCCCUCCUUCUUUAAACAAAUUUGAAAAGAAAUAAUGUUUCUUCUGUGUCAGCAGGAUGCAUGCUAAGUGCAUUGCUCUGGUGGUGACUGCAUAGGAAGUGAAAUGGAAAUUAUAGUUUAUAGUGUGAAAUGGAUGGGCACAAGGCUUUUAUCUUAAUGUAAGCAUAUCCAUAAGUGUGGCCUGAAUUGAAUUAAGAGUAUACUAAUGAUGCAGUCUUUACAGGAAGCUUCAUCUAAAAUAUAUAGAGCAGUGAAGUUACUGGCUUGCUUGAACCUAACAUUGCCAUCAACUAAUCUCAGUUUUGUCAUUUGUUUAUAGCCAAAAACGUUUUCCCUAGGUUUGUUUUAAUCAAAUAUAAUUUUUUUCAUAGUCUAGAUUUUCAUUUUAACUUGCUCACUGUUGCAAAGAUUUAAACAUUUCAUACAACUCAUACCCCAGAAACAUGACUUCGUCUAAAGAAGGAAGAGGGUAGCUCUAGUUAGUCCAUGUAAACUGGGUGUGUGUCUCACCCCCCCAGCAUGCCCCUUAUAGAAGACCACAUCUUUAUUUUUAUUUUUAGAUAAAAACAUAAAACUGGAGUUCUUAUUUUAGGGAUGGGAAAACAUCUUUAGACGUAAAAUUACUUUUCCAAAGUCACAUAGACUGAAUAAGGUUGGGAGUGAGAGAAAAGAUGGAAUUCAUGCUACCGGCAAGGCGAAUGAUAGGAAAACCAGUGUACUCGGGUGGUUUUGACCUUUGUUUAACUGGAGUUCAGAUAACUCUUUUAAGAUGAAUCUGAUCAUUUUAUAGCCACAGCUUAUAUGUUUUUUCCCCAACAACCAGUGAAUUCCUAUCCUGGAAAGCGGGAAGCAGGGGGAGUAGGGGUGGUGGUCCUGUGAGAAAAUGCAAGGAGAGGGAGAGGAACCAAUAAUCAGAUAAACAUUAAUUAAAGAUAAAACAUUGUUGUAAAGGCCACUGGCAUAGUCCACUAAAAGCAAGCUAAAAAAAUUUUUUAACUCUUCUUUUCAAAAUACAUUAUUAUGCUGGAAGUCAGCCAGCCACAGUUAAGUAAUCAAUUCAGUUUUCAUAGAACACAAAUCACAUGACCCAAGGGCUUGGCAUCAUUAUCUCCAAUCCCGUAAAUUUGAACAUCCAAAUUCCUGCACCUUUAAAUACCUCUGUUUAUCUUGGAAGUGUUAACCCGUGAACUAGCAAAGCCUCCUCCAAUGAUAUCUUUGGCCUCUAAAGUAUUUCUUGAAGAAUCAAUUUUACUUCUCUUUGGAGACAAAAUACCAAGAUUGGACUGGGUAAUUGGUUACACAAAACAAUCAAGAUGACGUGGGCUCAUUCAGGAUCCCCAAAGUAUAUGAAACAGAAGGUGCAGAUAAAUGAAGGGUUUACUUUCAUUGUGCUUUUUGGUUCUCUGACUGCCCUGGCAAAGACAAAGGGCAGUUCACUAGUGUUUUUAUCUGGUGGGGAGGGAAAUUAUUUCAGGAAAGCAUUUUUCGUGAUUUUCUAUAAAAAUGAGAGAAUGUACAUUCCUUUAAUCUGUAGAUGGGAGAUUUAUCAAUUUUCUAAUUAUUCGUGUAGUUCAGCAGAUUAGUACUUAAUAAUGAUUUCCUGAAUAUAGCAAAAUAUCAAUGAACGAAUAUCUGAGAUAAAGUUCUUUUACGUUGCCUGUGUUUUUAAACUUUUGUCUGAUAAUUUGAAGUUGCCUUUCCAACUGACCCUCUCAUUAAUACCUUCCUUGAUUCAAACAUUUCAUUGGUCUCUUCCCAGUUGAGAGUAAACAAAUUAACACUGAGAAGCCAUUUCAUUCCUUUUACUUGUUCCUUCCCAGUUGAGAGUAAACAAAGUUGAUGCUAACCAGCCUUUCAUUCCUCCUACUGGCCUCUUCCUAGUUGAGGCUAAACAAAGCUGACACUGAACAGUCAUUAGUCAUUACCCCUGCAAAGUCAGUUUCUUCCUAGCUUUGCCCUUCUUCCCCCUCCCCCAAGCCCCCAGCAACAUUGCACAGGGCUCUGACCCUCUUCCGGCCAAUCUGGUAUUUAGGACCUACCAGUUCCCCCACCCAUCUCCACUGGAAUUUGGAAGGAGCUGCUGUCAAUUGCUCCCCAUUGUUUCUGUUUUGAAUAGUUCUAAAUAAGCUCAGACCCAGUUACUUAACGCCUACUCUUUGGAGUUUGCAUACCUUGUGCUAAAAUCUUUCAGGACCUGUACUCUCAAGGUCACUGUAGCCUUAUCAACAGGCCAACUCUCCUAUUUCACCUACCCCAGAUUCCUCCUCCAGGGCCAAGCAUUGUAUGAAGUGACACAGCAAGGAGGAUAGUGGAGGUACUAAUUCUUCGCUGCAUUAUGUUUUCUAACAUUCUGGAUGUUAUUUCAGUUGGUGGCCCCUGCCUCCUCAUCAGUUUUUACCUGUAAUGAACUAAUUAACAACAAGAAUAUUACUCAUCUGUAUUAUUAUCGAUACUCUCUGGGAGCUUUGUGUGUGCUGUUGCACUCAGCCUUCCACUUUUACCAUUGGGUGAUCAAUUUUGAACACUGAAUAUGUCAGUUCGAUUCCAUUUCUCAUAUUUCUGAGUGGUACCCUUAACAGGAUUUCUAAAAAUAUCGUUGUGGUUUUCACUGUAGUCAUCUACCCUGUUUCAAUACUUUGAUUUUGCUUUUGCCAUAUGACUAGAGAUGGUUGCAGUUGACAGUGAAAUCUAAUGUGUGAACUGUAGAAUAUGUACUAAAACAGGCACACUGCACAGGGGUUUCUCAGGCGCUUCCAUCUUCAUCAGGUGUUUUCUAUAUCAGAGAGACUGGUGAGAAACCACUGAGUUGUUUUUCUAGAUAGUCUCACAAUAGCACUUUAAGGUAAGAAGUCUUUAAGGGCAGACAAGGAAGAAAUGAAUAUGCAAAGGCUUCGGAAAACAUCUGCUGAAGAACUGGGCCUAAUGAGAAAGAAGAAAAUAUACUAUCCAACUGGAAUGUUGUAUAUCCACCUUUCUAGAAUUUUUUUUUUAUUAUUAUUUCUUAAAAUAUAACCCAAUAAAGAUCAUGUUAUCUUUAUGAAAUUAUCUUUGCAAAGCUGUUUUGGGGUUCUCUAAGCAGAUGUUCACAGUUUGCCUUUAAAAAAAAUCUUACAGAGGUUGAAGAUAAGUUUUAUUAAUAAAUGUUUACCCUUCGUUUUAGUUAGCUUUAGUGGUGAGUACCUUUUAAUUCACUCUAUGAAUAUGUGUCCCUUACUAUUGAUGAAUGGGUAUGAAGUUGACUAUGAGAAUAGCAGUGAUUUGUUUGAAGACAGUCUAGCUUUUAGGAAAUAAAUAUAUGACUUUCCAGAAGGCUAGAAAAUGUAUGAUAAUAUUUGUGUUCAUUUGUAAUAUACCCAUAGUAUCAUAGAUGUUUGAUCUGAAAGAGAGCAUCUGGCUCAAACCCCUAAUUUUCUAGAUGAGGACUCUGCGUCCAGAGAAGAUAAGUGACUUCUUCAAAGUUAUGCAGAUAACUAAAAUCAAGUCCUAGAUCUUACUAAUCCCAAAUUCAGUGUUCCUUCCACCACACUACACAACCAAAAUACUUUAUGUACUACUGGAAUUAAAUUUAAGCCCAUAAAAAGUCCAUUAUUGAUUGAAAUCCCAGAAUUAUUUCUAAUUUUUCUACUUUUAUAUUAUUAGUCUCACUCCCCUGAGAAGUCCGUAUUAUUUUUUCUGUUCCUCUAAUGGGAACCUAAAAUAUCUUGGUUUCUAUCUCAGUAUCACACUGAAAAUAUUUGCAUUCAUUUAUGCUUCAUAUCCAAUCAAUAUAUAAUAAUUUUGUGUCUACAAACCAUCUAUUUUCUCCUUUAAAUUAUGAACUGGAUGGCAAGGACAUUGAUGAUUUCCUAUUUGUUACAGCCCAUGUAAAGUACACUUCGGGACCCUAUGAAAGAAGUGUGACUUCUUUCAAUUUCUUUUUUUAUAAUAUCUUUGCAUUCUGGGGCAACCCUAUAUGUCUGUUGUGUGUGGCAUAUGCAUACUCUCUGUGGGCAUUUUACUAGGUGAUGGUCAUUAUAAUAGGAAUUACUAUUACAGCCUCAUUCCUUCUGUUUCCUUUUAUUAAUUAAGCCCACCGCUUGUAGAAGCGGUUGGUAGCAACUAGCCGAAGAAGCUGAUCACAUGGAAAACAUCUUAUAUAGUCUUUAAAGAACCGGUUUCAGUUAAUCAUAUAGUACAACAUAAUUAUGGAAUCUGAGUAUUAGAAAGAACAUUGGAAAGCGAUCUCCUGUGCCUACCCUGGAAAAAUAUUUUAAAUAAAAGUGAGGAAAUCCUCAACAAGCCAUCAACAACUAACAUAGGUUACAGCCACUAAAAUCAGUUCUUUUAUAUCUGGUUUAAAUCCUUAUUACUGCAGUAGAAUUCUAUGACAUGUCUCCUGUGGAAGGACUAUUUAACAUUGUUGUGAGUGGUGUAGGACAUCGGUAGAAAAAGCAGCUUUGUUUUCUUCAGAUAUUUUCAUAACCACCUAUAUUCUUUGAAAAAUAUAUUUUUACUUCUCCUGAAAUUUUUAAUAUAAAAAGUUAUCCUGAAAGGAAAUGAAAGGAAGUGAAUGAUAUCAGAACUCAUUAAAGUCAAUCUUGGGAACGAUUUGCCUCGAAGGAUAAAGAAGGAAACAAAUGUUCCCAAGCAAGUCAAAACACAGACUAUGAGAUUUUAUUUGCCACUGCCCAUCAAAAGUGACUAUAAUUUGGGUGGGUGAAAAAAUUAAACACUUGGCUCCCAAAGAGAUGUUCCUGGAUUCAGAUAAAAUACAUGAUCUGGUGCCUGGCUACAUCCACAAUCUUUACAGCACUUCUUUACCGAGAAGAAUUUAGAUUAUACUGAUUCUGAGCUGGAAGUCCUGAGCUGGAAACUCCUUUGCUACUAAGGAAACUUUCUUGAGAAAUAACCUUCUUGCUUCUAUAUACCUGAAGUCAGCACAUUAGAAGAUGAGUGACCAAAAGAAAUAUGUAAGUCAGAAAGCUGCACACCAUUCAGGCAAAAUCUGGUUCGAGAGGAAAGCUGUUCCCAUGAUUAGUGAGCUUCCCCAGCUAGCCUGUAGGUGGGUGUGUUUAACAGAAGGAAGCAAUGGGAACCCGCCUGUCAGCCAGCCUUUUGAGCUAAUUAGCUCAGCAUACAACAAAGAUAAGUGAGCCUGGGAGGAGGGCCCCCUGAGGGGUCUUUAGAUUCUGGGAAAUGUCUGAUUGGCAGAUGUUAAAAGAGAUUCUUUGGUAAUCCUGUGCAUCAAUGAGCUGCACAAAUUCAGACCAGGACUGCAAGAAUUCAGGCAUGAGGACACUGUGCAGCAGGCUCGCACAGGCAGACCCAAGAUGGACAGAACCUUGGAAUCCUUGAGACACAUCAUUGCCCAAGUCUUGCCUCACAGAGACCCGGCUCUAGUCUUCAAAGACUUGGGUUUCAUAUUACAAAGGGCUUCUGAAACAGAACUUUGCUAUGGAACUGCCCAAAAGUUAAGAUUUGUUAGCCUGAACUCAACUUUAACAACUUCUGAAACUCAUGUGUUAAGUUACAGCCCAUAAUAGGAUACAGCUGCACAAGGUGAAUGUUGUGUCAAUGUUACAGGAAUUUUGGGAAAGCAAGCAGCAACAGAGGGCUGCGUUCCCAAGUGAAGGUGUGGUAGUCUACGAGUCGCUGCCGUCUCCUGGACCACCCUUUGUGAGUUAUGUGACCCUCCCAGGGGGAAGCUGUUUUGGCAACUUUCAGUGCUGCUUAAGUAGAGCUGAGGCCAGACGCGAUGCAGCUAAAGUGGCCCUAAUCAACUCCCUCUUCAAUGAGCUGCCCUCUCGCAGGAUCACCAAGGAAUUCAUUAUGGAGAGUGUGCAGGAAGCAGUUGCCUCCACUAGUGGCACUUUGGAUGACGCGGACGACCCCAGCACCAGCAUUGGAGCCUACCACUACAUGCUGGAGUCAAACAUGGGGAAGACCAUGCUGGAAUUUCAGGAGCUUAUGACCAUUUUCCAACUAUUGCACUGGAAUGGAAGCCUAAAAGCCCUUCGUGAAACAAAGUGUUCCCGACAGGAAGUCAUCUCCUACUAUUCCCAGUAUUCCCUAGAUGAAAAGAUGCGCAGCCACAUGGCCCUGGACUGGAUCAUGAAGGAGCGGGAGUCACCAGGAAUUCUCUCCCAAGAGCUACGAAUGGCCCUGAGGGAGUUGGAGGAAGCCAGGAAAGCAGGACAAGAACUACGUUUUUACAAAGAAAAGAAAGAAAUCCUGAGUUUAGCCCUGACUCAGAUCUACAGUGAUCCUGACACUUCCUCACCCAGUGAUGAUCAGUUGAGCCUCACGGCCCUUUGCAGCUAUCACUAACAAGGCCAGGUCCCAGCUGCCCCCAAGGCAGGCAGAGGCCGGACUGUAACAUUAGGAAGCUCAUAGAAGGAGGUCAUCAGAGGCUUUAGCAGCUAUAGAUGCUGCCUGAAGACUGUACUAAUUCUCCCCACCCAUUCCAUUCAUAGAAUCUCAGAGUAGGAGGACCCUUAUAGGACCCAACAUGUCACUCAAUACAAUUUUCCCAUCACACUCUCGAUAGUUCCACCUCAGACUGAAAGGAUGGAGACAGGAUUGCUUGAAAAAUAUUUUCCAGGCCUGGCUUUAACCUGAAGCCUUGUUGACAUGUGCCUUGCUAGAUUAUAUAUGUGGUUUAAAAGAAUGGGUCAAUGUAGCAUCCCCGAAAAGAACACCAGCCAGGACUGGGGAAAAUAGCAUGAUAGCAAUUAAAAAAUACUUGGGAUUAAAUAAACAAUAUGGAUUCUUUUAAAAAAA